AUGACUAUUUCUCUCGCUCACACGUUGACGGAUAAUGACCGGGCUGCGAUCAAGACAGCUGCUGAGAACCUUUUGCCAGAAGCCAUACAAUUACUCAAGGACUUGACAAACAUUGACACUACUAACCCUCCCGGUCUAAACUACCCGCGAAUUGCGUCUGUUCUUGAUGACUUUCUCUCGUCCAAAGGAUAUGAUGUCGAGCGGAUACUCGUACCACCUGACCUUCAUCCCGAACUGGCACCCUUUUCUGAUCUCCCUCGAGUGAAUGUGUUUGCAAAAUUAAGACCAGAUAGUGCUAUCGAGGACAGAGGAAGAGUUAUUCAUUUCAAGGGUGGAAUCGUUGCACAGAUUUUUGCCAUUGAAGCAUUACGAAAGGCGGGGAUCCCCAUUAGAGAACAGUCGAACAAAGUGGAUGUGGAUGAGGAGACGACGGGUGUCCGGAAUGCAGGUAUGGGUUAUCUUGUUGAACAGAGAUACAUUGCCCGUGGGAAGCAAGAUGCAGUCGUUAUUACCGAACCACUCAAUACGACCAAUGUAUGCCUUGGUCAUCGUGGUACUAUCUGGGGUAGGAUUAUAUUCAAAGGACUGGCAUCCCAUGGAAGUACACCUCAGAGGGGCGUCAAUGCGCUACUACACGCCAGCCUUGUCGUAGCAGAGGCCCAUCGUGCUAUAACCCCACAAUUAAAGAAAUUGAAAGAUGCUCACGUUGUCCCACCCGAAGCUCAGGAAGCUUCGCUGACAUUUACGGUGCUCCAAUCAGGAUCGAACACCAACACUGUUCCGGCUGCUGCUAUUCUUGAGUUCGACAGACGUCUUGUGCCUGGAGAGACUCUUGAUAAGGCACGUAGAGAAAUCAUGUCUGUUCUGGACGAAGUUAAGAAACAAGUAGGGGAGGACUUCAACGCUGAGUAUUCGGAGUUAUACUCGACCAACCCAGUCUGGGUUGGGGAUUCGAAAGAUUCUACAACGCAAGAGUUGAUUGGACACGUGAAGAAUGCCAUCAAGAAUGUUUUGGAUGUCGAGGCGGGCGUAGUAUGCAGUCCAGGAAGUGAUGAUCAGAGAUUCGUUGUUCGCAACGCUGGGAUUGAGUCUUGUGUAGUGUACGGUCCGGGUAACAUUCGGAACAUUCAUAAUAAGGACGAAUCUCUAUCCUUGGAAGAUCUUCGUACCGCAAUCGAGGUUAUGGCUAUUUUUACCGCCGAGUUCUUGAAUACGCAUAGAUAUGUGGUAUAUAGACCAAUAUAUCAGUUCCGUCCCCGUAACAGCCUCGAGUGA